UAGUUUCUUGAAUCUGGAAGGCAAUGGCUCGUACCAAGCAAACCGCUCGCAAGUCUACUGGUGGAAAACUUCCCAGAAAGCAACUGGGUCCCUGUAUGGCCUGCAUGAAGAGAUUUUCUAAGGCUGCUAAGAAGAAGCCUCAUCGUUAUCGUCCUGGAACCGUUGCACUUCGCGAAAUUCGCAAGUAUCAAAAGACAACUGAACUUCUAAUCCGUAAGUCGCCAUUCCAGAGGCUUGUGCGCGAUAUUUCUCAGGCUUUCAAGAGUGACUUGAGGUUCCAGAGCCAUGCUGUGUUGGCGCUUCAGGAGGCGGCCGAAGCUUACCUAGUGGGUCUGUUUGAGGAUACUAACUUGUGUGCCAUUCAUGCUAAGAGGGUCACAAUCAUGCUUAAAGACAUCCAGUUGGCUCUCCGUAUCCGUUCUUAAUUAAACUCUCAAUAAUGACUGUGAUCAAUAUGGAGACGAAUUCUCUUUUUUCUUUUCUUUUA